AUGGACAUGGACGAGAGUAACAUGGACCGAUCGCAGAAAUACUCCUGGAAUGAUCUUCACCAACUUGUGGAAAAAUAUGCGGGCGCUUUUCGAUCAUCAGGUCUUAUAAAAGGAGACGUUGUUGCACUCGUGGGAUCAAAUUGUGUCCGAACCCUCUCCAUCUUCUUGGCUACGGCUUCAAUUGGAGCGAUAUUCUCUUCCUUUGCCACAGAUAUGGGAAGCAAGGGGCUAGAUGACCGGCUUCAGCAGCUGAAGUCACGCUUUUUGCUUGCAGAGCCGACGUAUUCUUACAACGGAAAAUGCCAUAACAUUUCCAGCAAAUUAAAUACAGCAGUCGGUCGACUGCAACAGGGAGGACCUUGCGAAGCGAUAAUACUGGGUUCAAAUACUGGAUUCUCGUCAAAUUGUACAUCAUGGGACACCUUCAUUGCUCGUGGAGAGGGUAGAAAGCUUCGGUUCGAGCAGAUGCCGUUCAAUGCACCCCUUGUCGUUAUGUUUUCCUCAGGAACAACCGGUACUCCUAAAGGAAUUGUUCACUCGCAUGGAAUUCGUAUCCAUCAAGGACUUGUGUUAAAUGGCUUGAAGGAGUUUCUAAUGCAUAACAGCCUCGGUCCAGGCGACUUGCACUUUCACUAUACCAACAUAGGGUGGACUUUGUGGAAUAUCUCCAUCGGUGCGCUAUUCGCGGGUGCAACUAUCGUUCUCUACGAUGGUAGUCCUUUCUACCCAACGGCAGACGACUGUUUAAGAUUACUCUUCAAACAUAGGAUAACAUCCUUUGGUGCCGGCCCGCGGUACUUUUCAGAAAUCCAGAAACUCAACGUAGUGCCCAAUUUCUAUGUCAGGUGGCCCAGAACUGUGCGGUUCUUUCCUACACGGGACCCGAUCGCUACCUUCAUAUCCUGGUCAAUUAGCUGUCAAGGCUCUGGGAAUGGAUAUAUUGUCACCGCGACUGAUGGAUCUCCGCUUCCCGACGGACAGGGCGGCGAACUGGUCUGUCGGAACCCAUUCCCAAAUAUGCCCGCCAUGUUCUGGAAUGACCCACAGAGGAAGCGGUACUUUGAUGCGUUCUUUGCGAAAAUCCCACACGUAUGGGUACAUGGCGAUUUCAUUCAUGUUGACCCCGAGACUAAAGGGAUCUAUGUUCUGGGAAGAAGUGACGGCGUUCUAAAUCCAUCUGGUGUUCGCUUCGGUAGUGCCGACAUCUACGGUACACUCUCGAAACCCCUGAUUACUUCCGAUAUUGCUGAUUCAAUCGUCGUUGGGCAACAGCGCGUGGAUUCCAAGUACUCAGACCCUGCAGAGCGUGUCGUUUUGUUCGUCAAAGUUACCCCGGGUGCUAGUGUCUCAGGGUCACUACGUUUGCGCUCUGACCUCGAGACAUCCAUUCGGAGCCAGAUUGCGAAGGACUUCAGCCGGAGACAUGUGCCGUCGUUUGUGUUUGCAGCCCCUGAAAUUCCCUAUAAUGCGAAGGGAAAGAAACUCGAAAUUCAGCUCGAGAGUGUGCUCUGCGGAGGACAGGCUGCGCUAGCGAAGCCCAAGUUGACGGAGAGCGAGCACCAAAUCAUUCAGUGGUUUGAAAAGUUUUACGAUACGGAGGAAGUCGAUGGGUCCCAUCCUAGGCUAGAUCCAAGAUGUAGAGAAUAUGGAGAUCCGUAG